AUGGCAUUCCUUCCUUAUAUCGAACCAGGGCUUGACAUCAUACUUCCUCUCUCCAUCUUCAUAUUCAUUCUCAACAUAACCCGUGACCUUCUCGAUUCCUUCCUCUAUUGCGGACUCAUUGGGGAAAUAUUUAUCGGGGUUCUCUCUGGAAUGCCUAUCACCGGAACUUCAUUUCUCAACAUAGAAAUUCAAGAAACAGUACAAUAUCUCGGAUAUCUGGGGCUCAUCUGUUUGGUGUUUGAAGGUGGCCUCAUCACAGAUCUUCAUAUAUUAAGAAACACAAUAUGGUCAACAUUGUCCGCUGCGAUGAUUGGAAUCCUGAUGCCGAUGGCUCUAUCAUUUUUCAUCAUGAGUAUGAAAUUCGAUAGUAUUGAAGGUUCAGGAUAUCCAACCGCAUUAGCAGCUUUUUCAGCAGGAGUAUCUCUCUGCUCCACAUCCUUAGGGUCAACUUUUAUUAUUCUCGCAUCUGCAAACCUUCAGAAAACACCAAUCGGUACUUUGAUAGCUGGCGCGGCAAUGCUAGAUGAUAUUCUUGUCCUCGUGAUGGUUAAAAUCAUAACAGCACUCGGACAAGGCCACUCCGAUUCUUGGACAAUUGUCCGUCCUGCCAUAUCCAGUUUGGGUCUUAUACUUGCCACUUUCUUGCUAACGCCAUUUCUUCUGCAACUUUUGCUUCGCGGUUUCCAUUCAAUAUUUACAUAUCCAAAAGUUGGCCAAGAAACUUUUGGUGAGGAUAUUGAUACCGAAAAGGGGAUUUCUCGGCAUACGGGAUUUAUAUUAUCGACUUUGAUGCUUAUAGUUCUUGUAACUAUUGCUGCUUGUGUAGAGGGUUCGAUAUUACUAUCUGCAUUCUUAGCUGGUGCUGUGGUGAGAUAUACUUGGCAAAGUGUGAGUGGUGGAGAGGAUAUAGACUUGGGUGUGGAUCGACCUACGAUAAUGUUUGAGGAGUAUUAUAAGCCGACAAUGGAUCAUAUAUUAGUGCCUUUUUUCUUCGCAUCAAUCGGUUUUUCCAUCCCCGUCUCCGAAAUGUUUUCAAGUUCUAUCCUGUGGAAAGGAAUCUUCUACGCUUGCUUGAUGUUUCUAGCCAAAGCUUCCGUGGGACUAGUUGUCUAUUUCGAAUUCUUCACCACAAGGUGGUCUCAAAAGUGGACAAAUCUUAAAAAGAAAACACUUCCAAUACCAGAAGAACUUCCCCAACAAGACGGCUCACCAGAAGAAUUCGCUACAAACGAUCUCGCAAAUCAAAAAUUAAAAACAGACACCCCUCAUCUCGAUGCCAUUAUAGUAGGGUCCACAAUGAUUGCUCGAGGAGGGUUCGGCUUUCUGGUAGCUUCAGAAGCGCAGAGCUCAGGCACCUUAAGUCUCUCCAAAACGCCAAUCAGGAUCCUAAAUAUGCACAAAGAUACCGGGAGAUUUAAAACAUUAGAUGUGGUCGAAGAUCAAAUAUUCUUGGUGAUAAUCUGGGCUUUAGUUCUAUGUACGAUCGUUGGACCGGUUGUUUCGGGGAUUGCAGUGAGAAGAAAACUGAUCAAGGAGAGGGAAGGAGAGAGGUGCGAGUGUGGUGUUACAGUUGGGCUGAGAAGUUUCGGGACUGGGGAUGAGGGGUUAGGAGGAUGUCAUCUUUGCUUGUGA